GGCCCGGGCUCCAAGCACCGCAGGUACAGUUUGAGAAAGAAGAAACUGGGGGCAGAGAGGGAAGUGAGGAGAAUCAGAUCCCAGAUCUUUGGGGAGAAGGAGCUGUAAGUCCCUCCACCAAAGCCGGAGGGGUGGAAAGAGCAGGUUGAGGAGAGCCAGAGCCCACAGGCCUCCUAGGAUAACAGCCCCAAACAGGCUGGUGGCACCCUCCAGCUGAACGUGUUCCCUCAGCUCCCCAGGGCAUGUGGUCGUGAGACAGAACCCACAGACCCUGCAGGAACAGGACUCCCAGGGCCAUGGCCCAGGUCAGCAUCAACAGUGACCUUGGCGAGUGGGGCUUAAGCACAGACUCCGGGGAGCGUGCCCGUCUGCUGCAGAGUCCCUCUGUGGACAUAGCCCCCAAGAGUGAGGGGGAGGCCCUUCCUGGGGGUCUGGGCAGAGGCACCACUUCCACACUUGGAGCCAUCUUCAUCGUUGUCAACGCCUGCCUGGGCGCAGGGCUGCUCAACUUCCCAGCAGCCUUCAGCACUGCCGGGGGAGUGGCAGCUGGCAUCACGCUGCAGAUGGCCAUGCUGGUUUUCAUCAUCAGUGGCCUCGUCAUCCUGGCCUACUGCUCCCAGGCCAGCAAUGAGAGGACCUACCAGGAGGUGGUGUGGGCUGUGUGUGGCAAGCUGACAGGCGUGCUGUGUGAGGUGGCCAUUGCCACCUACACCUUCGGGACGUGCAUCGCCUUCCUCAUCAUCAUCGGGGACCAGCAGGACAAGAGUGAGGUCCCCCCUCAGUACCUACCUCGUCCCCCCCCCCUCAGCCCUGGGGGUCAUGCGGUGGGCGGGAAAGAGCAUGGAACACCUGCCCAAGGCCUGGCCUGGGCCCGGCAUUCAUCUGGGAAUCCUCCCUCAUGGCUGCUGGGCCCAUUAGACAGAUGGAGGUCCCAGCAGAGGUGGAGGACCACACCCUGCAGUAGCCUGGCAUCACGUUCCCUCCUUCCUCCCUGUGCAGUUAUAGCUGUGAUGGCAAAGGAGCCUGAGGGGGCCGGCGGCAGCCCCUGGUACACAGACCGCAAGUUCACCAUCAGCCUCACUGCCUUCCUCUUCAUCCUGCCCCUUUCCAUCCCCAGGGAGAUCGGCUUCCAGAAAUAUGCCAGCUUCCUGAGCGUCGUGGGCACCUGGUAUGUCACUGCCAUCGUUAUCAUCAAAUACAUCUGGCCUGAUAAAGAGAUGACCCCAGCGGACAUCCUGAACAGGCCAGCUUCCUGGAUAGCCGUGUUCAAUGCCAUGCCCACCAUCUGCUUCGGAUUUCAGUGCCACGUGAGCAGUGUACCCGUCUUCAACAGCAUGCGGCGGCCUGAGGUGAAGACCUGGGGUGGGGUGGUGACAGCCGCCAUGGUCAUAGCCCUCGCUGUCUACAUGGGCACAGGCAUCUGCGGUUUCCUGACCUUUGGAGCUGCUGUGGACCCCGACGUGCUCCUGUCCUACCCGUCGGAGGACAUGGCUGUGGCCGUCGCCCGCGCCUUCAUCAUCCUGAGCGUGCUGACCUCCUACCCCAUCCUGCACUUCUGUGGGCGGGCGGUGGUCGAAGGCCUGUGGCUGCGCUACCAGGGGAUGCCGGUGGAGGAGGACGUGGGGCGGGAGCGGCGGCGGCGAGUACUACAGACGCUGGUCUGGUUCCUGCUCACCCUGCUGCUGGCGCUCUUCAUCCCUGACAUCGGCAAGGUCAUCUCGGUCAUUGGAGGCCUGGCCGCCUGCUUCAUCUUCGUCUUCCCAGGGCUGUGCCUCAUUCAAGCCAAACUCUCUGAGAUGGAGGAAGUCAAGCCAGCCAGCUGGUGGGCGAUGGUCAGUUACGGAGUCCUCUUGGUCACCCUGGGAGCCUUCAUCUUCGGCCAGACCACAGCCAACGCCAUUUUUGUGGAUCUCUUGGCAUAACCACUGCCUCCCAGGGAAUUCUUGGCCUUUGCCAUUGGACCCUGGAACCCAUCUUGUAGAGCUUCAGGACCACCCUGAGUCCGGCAUCAUUCCCCUCUCCUGGUGGGAUGACAUCUGGACAUCCUUUUCCAGGGACAGUUCUGGGGUGAAAUCAGGCCCCACACACCUGGACAGCUCAAACCCAGCUCCCUUCCUGCCCCCGCAUCCUGGCAGUGCCAUGGAUGGUAGGAGGAGGUCUCGUGUCACAGAAGAACCUUCCCCCCUCUUCCACCUCUCAACUUCUCCACGCCUGGAAGCCAUGGGUGAAGAGAGUUGGUAGGUGUUGGAAGAAACAACUCAGCCUGACUUCCCUCUGGAGAAACAGUGUGGACCAAGGGCUGCCAUCCUCCACAGAGAAGCCUGCCCUGGGUAGGGGCUGUGCUCAUUACCCCGGGACUCAGUGCCUGCUCCAGUCUGUCGGCAGCCCAGCCAGCAGUGGCUUCCUCCGGCAAGUUCCAAAGGUAGCACUGAAGUCAUACAGGUGCGGCGAGGCAGGCAGAUUGAUGCCUUGUCCACUGCCUCCUGGGGCUGCGGUGAGCCUGAGAGCCCUAUUGCCCGUGGCUGGUUGACAUUUCCCAAGCCUUUUGGGGCCUCACCCUGUCUUUUUACCCGGACCUGAUGGUCCAGGCGUCCCUCUGCUCCUCCAUCCCCAGGCAUCACCAAGUCUAAUGUUUACAAACGGCGCCAGCCCAGCUCUGAGCCAGGGGCCAGGGGCCGUCCCGUGCCACGGUGCUGUGAGUACUCCCUUAACUUUCCCCAAGGCGGGGAGUGUGCUUUUCUCUCUCAGAUUCCUGAUGGGUCCCUCUUUUCAGAGGCACAAGGGUGGGUGAGGGAGCAUGCUGGGAACCCCAUACAGGCUGGGCUGGUGAGGAUCAAGGUGAACCUGUCUGGCAUCUUCACUUUGAAUGGCUGCUUCUCUUCUCCCUGCCCUGCACGUCCCCCCCUUUCCUGCCAACCCAGCCUGGUACCCUGGAGACAAGAAAGACAGCUGAGUGGCCGCUGACUGGGCAACAUCUGAGUGUAGUCACGCCAGCCUAAAAGUUUCCCUUCCAGUCUGGAUCUUGUCUGCUCCUGUCCCCCAUCACCUCUUCACCACCACCCCAUUUUUCUAUGUAGCUCAGUCUCUCCUGUUCACAUAAGUAUGGGGGUGGGGGUGGAACAAACACUCUCUCGUCCACUUCCUCAGCUCCACACGUCUAUCAGGCCUGGCCUCGGAGGCCUGUCGGUCACACUGAGGUCACGCCUAUGUUGUGCCCCAGGCGGGGUGAGGAAGGAUAUUUUCCCCUUUCAUAUUUUGAACACCUUGGCCACUCACUUAGGCCAACCCUAGGCACCGUAUUAGGCUUCCUCUGCCUGGAACACCCAGCAUUUUCCCUGGCCCCUCGUGCCUAAAACCUCUGAAUGCAGUGGUGGGGUGAGAGGGAUCCCUGCCCUCAGGGCCGUGAGACAGAAGAAGCAGAGGCUCAUGGGGGCCAAAUAGCCUUGUGCUCAGACCCCCGGACUGGGUGACCUGCCUUUCCUCAUGUUCCCUGGGGGCCAGACCCACAUGGCCGUUUUCUCUCAGCCUGCUGCACAGCACCAGGCCCUGCCAGUGCCCACCCUGGAUACAGUUAGGAGGACGGCCCAUCAUCAGCAGGGCUGCACUGCCUCCUAAUGUUGGAUUUCAGUGAGGGGUGGGGGGAUGUAAGGGGAAAAUGAGCUGGAAUCUGGCCUAACCUCAGGAGCACCUUCCCCUGCCCUCUCUGCCAGGGCAUUUUACUGUUUCUUUUCUACUUGUGCACAUUCAGACCAGGGAGGAUGGUUAAUAAAAAGGGACUUGUGCUGCUGA